AGAGCCCCCUGAAAGCAUUCGACUUGGCUCCAGACACAACCCAAACAGAUGGUUCGUAGUCCUUUAGUGAUCCUAAAAAAAACUCCAAACCUAUUGUACUUUUUCAGCCAGCAAGUUGAUUUCUUUUACAAAAUCUGCACCGCAGACCAUGAAACGCUCCAGGCAGUUCAUCUGUCCAAAUAAUCCACUAUUUGUCCAGGUCAUUUAUUUCACAGCAAUUUCAUUUGCUGGAUAUGCAGUUCUCAAGAUCCUGAAGCCGCAUGCUCUUAGAGACUUGGAUUUAUUAUUUACUUCUGUAUCUGCAUCAACUGUCUCAAGCAUGGGUACUGUUGAAAUGGAGGAUUUCUCAAGCACUCAGCUCUGGGUGUUGACUAUUUUAAUGCUGAUUGGUAGCGAGGUAUUCACUUCAAUGCUUGGUCUUCACUUCAUGAAGGCCAAAUUUGAUACAAAAGGGUCAGUCAACAAAACGGAUCACUCAUUUUAUGUUGAUGUUGAGUCUAUUAAUUCAGAAAACCCUGGUUCCAACAGCAACCAGGGAACCAAGGUUAUCUGCUUGGAAGACAAAGAUCAUGUUGAGCCCAAGACAAUUGAAACUUUAGGUUAUGCAUUGAUGGUCUAUCUUCUUGUGACAAAUUUAGGCAGCUCACUAGCUAUUUACAUUUACCUUAGACUCGUACCAGAUGCACAAGAAGUUCUGAAGAGAAAGGGGAUUGGGUAUGUCAUAUUCUCUAUAUUUACAGCCAUCUCCUCAGUUGGGAAUUGUGGCUUCACUCCAGUAAAUGAGAACAUGAUCAUCUUUCAGAAGAACACCAUUCUGUUACUACUAAUUAUUCCACAGAUUCUAUCAGGAAAUACAUUAUUUGCCCCAUGUUUGAGAUUCAUGAUGUGGUCACUUAAGAAGAUUACUGGAAAAGAAGAAUACCAUUUCAUUCUUCAACAUCCAGAGGCAGUUGGAUACAAACAUAUUAUGAAUAGUAAGGAGUGUGCCUACUUGAUGGCAACUGUUAUCAGCUUCAUCAUCACACAAACCAUACUGUUUUGCUCUUUAGAAUGGAACUCAGAGGCACUGCAGGAAAUGAACAGCUACCAAAAGAUAGUGGGAGCUCUUUUUCAGUCAGUCAAUGCAAGGCAUGCUGGUGAAUCCAUUGUUGAUCUGUCAAGCCUAUCUUCAUCAGUCCUAGUACUAUACACCACCAUGAUGUACCUCCCUGGUUACACUUCAUUGUUACCUAAAGAUGAUGAGCAGCAUUCUAAUGUGGGGAUGAAAGACAAAAGGAGAAGUGUGUGUGAGAAUUGGAUCCUCUCCCAGCUGUCUUAUUUGGCUAUCGUUGUGGUGCUAAUUUGCAUCACUGAGAGAGAAGCAAUGACCACAGAUCCACUCAAUUUCAAUGUUUUCAGCAUAACCUUUGAAGUUAUCAGUGCAUAUGCAAAUGUGGGUUUCUCACUUGGUUACAGCUGCCAGAGGUUACUGAAUCACAAUGUAAACUGCAAGGAUGCUUCAUAUGGGUUUGUAGGAAGAUGGAGUGACAAGGGGAAAGUGAUUCUGAUUAUUGUCAUGGUUUUUGGUAGGCUUAAAGCAUUGAAUAUGAAGGGAGGAAGAGCUUGGAAGCUUAGAUAGCAUCGGUUGUGUGUUUUCCUAAACUUCCAGCACUCUAUAGUCCAUAAUAUGGUUUUGAGUAUGUUACAUACAACUUUACUAGCAAUCUAGCAUAGCAUACAACUGCGUAUGUGCAUAAGAAAGAUGACCUUGACAGACCAUUGUCAGCA